AUGGGCGAGGAUCUCGACAGAAGCAUCAUGACAGGCUUCCCCUGGCAGCCUGCCUCCGGAUAUCUUCCUGGUGAGUCGAUGGAGGGCCGCCGCUAUCCGAAUGGAGAGACCUACCCUGCGUGGCACGAGAUCGAUGGGAUGAUUGCGGCCAUGCCUGCGGGUACCCGGCUCUCCUUCCACCUCAACAACACCAAGGAGUGCCCCUACGUGAGCGCGCUGCUACGGGGGGAUCCUGAGAUGCUGCGCCUGAUUGACGAGCUGUGCAGCAAGUACCGCGCGCGCCACAUACAGGUGAACAUCAGUGCUCGCGGCCUCCCAACGGAGCUCUUCACGCCUGGCGAAGUCUGGGAGAAGAGCAGCCAGCACUUGGUGGAGCUCGCGGAACGGCAUCCAGAGACCCUGUUCUUGAUCCCGAUCUUCCAGCGCCUUCUCCCCGACUCCACUUCCGCGGACUCCUGGCCCUUCAUGCAGCGGCUGCUGCAGGCCUCCAGUGAAAGGAGCUCAGGGAAGCCAGCAGGGAACUUGGUCGCCUUCUUCGACAACUCCGCGGGCUCUGGCAAGGUUCCCGACGCCGUGCCGGAGAUCCCUGCGGAUUAUCCCCGGGAGGUCGCUCAGCCAAUUGGCUUCACAGGUGGCAUCAGCGCAUCCAAUGUGCAGGACUGGCUCUCCAGAUACUCAGCAGCCGCUGCGGCCCAUGGCUGCAAGUGCAUCAGCGAUGCCCAGUCGGGUUUCCGUGAGGGGAGGGAUCGCGGCAAGCCCAUCGACGUGGGAGCCCUCAAGGGGCUCGUGCAGAGCGUGUACCAGUGGGGCACCUCCGGUGCGUAA